UGCAUGAACAUUGUGAACUCUUGUAUUCRAUUUCUCAAGCUCUUUAUUUUCUAGUGAUUGUGUAUGGUUUUAUAUAUUUUAUAUGCUUAUUUGCAGCGUAAGCCAAGCUUUAUAGAAGACCGACUGAAGCUUUAUGAAGCUCUGAAAAAAGAACAUGAUGCUUUACUGGCUGACAGAGCGGCCAACCAGAGCAAACCGAUCAAAAUUACCCUGGCAGAUGGAAAGGUUGCCGAAGGGGAAUCUUGGAAAACCACACCGUAUCAGUUAGCUCUAGGAAUUAGCCAGGGAUUGGCUUCAAAUGCAGUCAUUGCAAAAGUAAAUGGUGAAUUGUGGGAUCUGGAUCGUCCGCUGGAGGGAGACUGCGCUCUGGAGCUGCUUAUGUUUGAUAAUGAAGAGGCACAAGCUGUUUAUUGGCAUUCAAGCGCUCAUAUUCUUGGAGAAGCCAUGGAAAGUUAUUUUGGUGGCUGCUUGUGCUACGGACCACCUAUUGAGAAUGGAUUUUAUUAUGACAUGUACAUUGAAGAUAGAGGUGUAUCAAGUUCUGAAUUCCCAGUUCUGGAGAACUGCUGUAAAAAUAUUAUAAAAGAGAAGCAGCCUUUUGAAAGGUUAGAAGUCAAAAAGGAGAUUCUACUAGACAUGUUUAAGUAUAACAAGUUUAAAUGUCGUAUCCUGAAUGAGAAAGUUGACACGCCAACUACUACAAUAUACAGAUGUGGUCCACUGAUUGAUCUCUGCAGGGGCCCACAUGUGAGACACACUGGAAAAAUUAAKGCCCUUAAAAUAUUUAAGAAUUCCUCUACAUAUUGGGAAGGAAAAGCAGACAUGGAGACUCUGCAGAGAAUUUAUGGAAUAUCCUUCCCUGAUAACAAAAUGAUGAAGGAAUGGGAAAAAUUCCAAGAAGAAGCCAGAAACCGGGAUCAUAGGAAGAUUGGAAAGGAGCAAGAACUUUUCUUCUUCCACGAUUUGAGUCCUGGAAGCUGCUUUUUCCUCCCCAGAGGUGCCUUUCUUUAUAAUACACUUGUGGAUUUCAUAAGAGAGGAAUAUCACAAGCGUAAUUUCACUGAAGUUGUGUCCCCAAACAUCUUCAACAGUAAACUCUGGGAGGCUUCAGGACACUGGCAGCACUACAGUGAAAAUAUGUUCUCUUUUGAGGUUGAGAAGGAGACUUUUGCCCUUAAGCCGAUGAACUGUCCAGGACAUUGCCUGAUGUUCGCUCAUCGUCCACGAUCCUGGAGAGAAAUGCCUCUUAGACUUGCAGAUUUUGGAGUUCUUCACCGAAAUGAGCUCUCCGGGACUUUAAGUGGCUUAACUCGUGUUAGGCGCUUCCAGCAAGAUGAUGCUCACAUCUUUUGCACGAUGGAACAGAUUGAAGAAGAAAUUAAGGGCUGUCUUGAUUUCUUGAAGUCUGUUUAUGCUGUCUUUGGUUUUACCUUUCAACUGCAUCUUUCUACAAGGCCUGAAAAUUAUUUAGGAGAGUUAGAUAUCUGGGAUCAUGCUGAAAAGCAACUUCAAAGCAGCCUCAAUGACUUUGGAGAAUCAUGGAAGUUGAAUCCGGGUGAUGGAGCAUUUUAUGGUCCCAAGAUUGAUAUUAAAAUCAAAGAUGCUAUUGGCAGGUACCAUCAGUGUGCUACGAUCCAGCUUGACUUCCAACUACCUAUUCGGUUUAAUCUUACCUAUGUUGGGAAGGAUGGUGAUGAUAAAAAAAGGCCAGUAAUUAUUCACAGAGCUAUCUUGGGGUCUGUGGAGAGAAUGAUAGCUAUUCUAGCAGAAAACUAUGGAGGAAAAUGGCCGUUCUGGCUGUCUCCGCGGCAGGUCAUGGUUGUACCUGUGGGACCUACUUCUGAGGAGUAUGCCCGGCAGGUUUGCAGUGAUUUUUUUGAAGCAGGAUUUAUGUCAGAUGUGGAUCUAGACCAAAGCUGCACGUUAAASAAGAAAAUAAGAAAUGCACAGCUGGCCCAGUAUAACUUUAUCUUAGCUGGAUCUCUGAUGACCACCAAGCACUCGCAGACCCAGUCUAUGCUUGAAAAAAGUCUGACCUCAACUAGUACCAGUGCUCCCUAUUUUAAAGCAGCAGAUCCCACCGAAAUGCCGCCCUACGUGACUAAAUGCCCCAGCAAUGGGCUGUGCAGUAGGUUGCCCCCAGACUGCAUGACCUGCAACACAAACUAUUCCUGUGUGUAUGGGAAGCCAGCCACUUUUGACUGCAAAGUCAAGCCGUAUGUUCAUUGUGUUGAUCAGAACAACAAUGAGCAGGAGAACUUUACAGUUAACAUGACCUGCCAGUUUUGCUGGCAGCUUCCGACCACGGAUUAUGUGUGCACCAAUUCCACAAACUGCAUGACGGUGUCCUGCCCGCGACARCGAUACAACGCCACGUGUACUGUCCGGGAUCAUAUUCACUGUCUAGGUAAUCGCGUCUUUCCUAAGAUGCUCUACUGCAACUGGACUGGAGGCUAUAAAUGGUCUACAGCCUUGGCACUGAGCAUUACCCUUGGCGGAUUUGGAGCAGAUCGUUUCUAUUUGGGCCAGUGGCGGGAAGGCCUGGGAAAACUCUUCAGCUUUGGUGGACUUGGCAUAUGGACACUCAUUGAUGUGCUGCUCAUUGGGGUCGGCUAUGUGGGACCUGCRGACGGCUCUCUCUAUAUUUAAAUAUAUAGGCAAUAUAUUUCAGAGAGAGGUAAUUAUUUGGAAGGGCACAUAAAUAAAAGAAUGUAAAAAUUGAGCCUUUGAUGUAGAAUGAAGAACGACUGUUCUUUGUGCAUACAUUUUAAUGUACAGUAUCUGUACUUAGCUUGCCUUUAAGUAAGGUAAAAUAAAGGAGUUGAUCACUGAGGCAAUUGUAAUUCAUUUGUUUUUGUUUACGGACACGCUGGUUUUCUAUGGAAAAAAAAAACAGUUUAACAGCUAAUAGAAUUCCACUCUGUUCUUGCAGUUGAUAAUCUGUUGAGCAUGAGAGGAGAUGUGAACUAAGUUGAUAAUGUUUAUUUCAUGUUUAUAUAUUUAAYUACCAAACUAAGUAUACCAACAAUAUAUUGUUUCCAUGUUUGCAGGAUAAUUUGUUGGCCUAAGCCUGAGCUACCUUAGCAGUAUGUAGAUUGCCAUGUUUUAUGAUCUUAAAUAUGUUACUGGCUUUCUGGAGAUAGCAAGAUCUAAAUUUGCCUAGUGACUUAAGUGUGUGGAGGGGUUUUAGAAUUAGUAACACUCAAAGCUAAAUAUGA